AUCCCCAAAUCUCGUUUCCAUUAUUUGCAAAAAUCAAUAAAAAGGAGGAGGAGGAGAAGGAAUGGGAUUUUUGUCACACAGAGUGGAUCGAAGCGAAUUAAAAGCAGGAGACCACAUUUACACUUGGAGAACUGCCUUCGCCUAUUCUCACCAUGGCAUUUAUGUUGGUGGAAACAAAGUUGUGCACUUCACCACAGGAGAAAAAGUCGGUCUUGGUUCGGCCUUUUCGUCUUCAGAUGAGAGUGUUUAUGGCUCAUGUUUAAGCAGUCCUGAUUGUGGAUUUAAAAAGCCUGGAAGUGGAGUGGUUCUCUCUUGUUUGAAUUGUUUCAUUGGAAGCGGAUCUUUGUAUCUUUACAGAUAUGGAAUGAAAACAUAUGUGCACUUCUCUAGACUCCGUGGUGGCACUUGCACUGUUGCAGAAUCAGACCCACCUGAACAAGUGAUCUACCGAGCCAUGUAUCUGCUGCAAAACGGAUUUGGAAGUUAUAAUUUGGUUUUGAACAACUGUGAGACCUUUGCUUUGUACUGCAAGACAAGUCUUGUGGGUCGUGACCAGCCUGUCACUGUAAGCAGUGGUCAAGUGCAUAGCUGGGUUACUGCGCCUUUGAAUACCAUUGCUACUUCAACAGCUAAAUGGUUUAUCUCAACAAGGCUUAUGGGUGGUGGACGGCCUAUCACUGUAAGCAGUGGUCAAGUGGGUAGCUGGGUUAGUGUGCCUUUGACUGCCGUUGUUACUUCAACAAAGUUCAUUUGUAGUAGCUCUUUGGCUUCUGUAGUUACAACAGCUGGGAUGCAUUGUUACAGCCGGUAUAUGAAUGACAUUGGUGUUCGUGAUGAUGUUAUUAAAGUCAAGGUGGAGGAUAUCACAUUGUUUCAAGAUGGAACGAACUUAUGAAGAAGUCAUUUUUUGGAAGAUGAAAGAAGCCCACAUGGAGACAAAACAUAUGACCCACUAUGUAGCUGGUAAGCUGAUGCUCAUUUAGGUUAAUCAAUUUCCCAAUUUACUUUUCUGUAUGGACUUGGAUUUUGCUCCAAAAAUUGCAAAUUUAGAAUGGAAAUUUUCUUCUUUCUUUUC